AUGAGGCUUUCCGCCAAUCCCGCGAGCACCAGCUCUUUCGUGAGCCUUCUCCUCGGCUUCGUGCUGCUUCAAUGGCUCCUUCUCCGUGUCGGUGCUCUGGUGGCACCGGCUGGACAGCACGUCUUAAACAAUGCUGCUGCCGCUCCAAAGAGCAUCCUGGGUGUUCGUGCUGAGCUCAUCAAAGCGGAAAUCAUCCCGACCGUGAUUGACGACUUCCUCCCCUCUCUGACGGUCAAUAUCACCUGGCCGUCGGAUGAGACUGCUGACCUGGGCAACACCAUCAAACCCAAAAGACUGAAGGCAGCACCUUCGAUUUACCUGGACGAUGAGCCAACCUCUGCUUCUGCCGUGAACCCCUGCAAGUCGAACAUGACUUACGUACUCGCAAUGACCGACCCGGAUGCUCCAUCGCGGGACAACCCGGAGUGGGCCGAGUUCUGCCAUUGGAUCGUUGCCGGUGUUCCCCUAACUUGGUCUGAUGCUCCUUGUGCCGACUCGAUUUCUGCUAAUGGUCACCAAACCGGGUUGAAGGAGGUCAUGGAAUACUAUCCCCCAGGCCCUCCGCCGAAGACAUGGAAGCACAGAUAUGUCUUCAUCGUGUUCGCGCCUUCGAACAGCACGAGCCAACCACUGGACUUGACCAAGCCGAAGGAUCGCAAGAACUGGGGUACCGGGAAGGAACGGCAUGGUGUCAAGCAGUGGGCCAACGAGAAUGGUCUCACUCCUGUGGCUGCCAACUUCGUCUACUCUAAAAACAAGAAACAGUGA